AUUCACUAUUCCAAAUUUAUCGUUGGUGAAGCAAAAUCUAAAAUGUUCUUAUCUCUCUUUGUUCGUCGUAAUUCCUUAACAUCCUCAUUACGAUAUUUAACAAUUCGAGAAUCUUGUUCUAAAUUAUUCGUCGGAGGGCUAUCUUAUGACACCAAUGAACCUGUUUUGAAGAAUGAGUUUGAAAAGUACGGUGAAGUUAUUGAAGUGAAAGUAAUAUGCGAUCACAAGAGCGGGAAAUCAAAAGGUUAUGGCUUUGUGUUAUUUGAUUCAGAAGAAGCAGCUGCAAGUGCUUUAGCUUCCAUGAACAAUCAGUUACUAGAAGGAAGAAACAUCAGAGUCGAAUAUGCUCAGCCGAAAAGUGGUUUAUAUCAGAAUCAGAAAUGAUUCUCAAUUUCUCAACUCAAAUUGAAACUUCAGAUCUCGCAGGAAAUGCAUUUACUCUUUAGAAUUGUGACAUUGUAGAACUGUAGAAUGAUUUGGUGAAGAGUCUUUAGUUGUUGUGUAAGGACAGUGUAUGUGUCCUCUUCAAGCCUUGUUACUUUUUCAUAAUUGUUAUUGGUGCUUCUACUUC